AUGCCUCGGCCCGGCCGAAACACGUACAGCGACCAGAAGCCGCCCUACUCGUACAUCUCGCUGACCGCUAUGGCCAUUCAGAGCUCGCCCGAGAAGAUGCUGCCGCUGAGCGAGAUCUACAAGUUCAUCAUGGACCGCUUCCCCUACUACCGGGAGAACACGCAGCGCUGGCAGAACAGCCUGCGCCACAACCUCUCCUUCAACGACUGCUUCAUCAAGAUCCCGCGGCGGCCAGACCAGCCGGGCAAGGGCAGCUUCUGGGCGCUGCACCCCAGCUGCGGGGACAUGUUCGAGAACGGCAGCUUCCUGCGGCGCCGCAAGCGCUUCAAGGUGCUGAAGUCGGACCACCUGGCGCCCAGCAAGCCAGCCGACGCUGCGCAGUAUCUGCAGCAGCAGGCCAAGCUGCGCCUCAGCGCGCUCGCGGCCUCUGGCACGCACCUGCCGCAGAUGCCUGCUGCCGCCUACAACCUGGGCGGCGUGGCGCAGCCCUCGGGCUUCAAGCACCCUUUCGCCAUCGAGAAUAUCAUCGCGCGCGAGUACAAGAUGCCUGGAGGGCUGGCCUUCUCCGCCAUGCAGCCGGUGCCCGCCGCCUACCCGCUCCCCAACCAGUUGACUACCAUGGGCAGCUCACUGGGCACUGGCUGGCCGCACGUGUACGGUUCCGCAGGCAUGAUCGAUUCGGCCACCCCCAUCUCCAUGGCUAGUGGCGAUUAUAGCGCCUACGGUGUGCCGCUGAAGCCGCUGUGCCACGCAGCGGGCCAGACCCUGCCUGCCAUCCCAGUGCCCAUUAAGCCCACGCCGGCCGCAGUGCCCGCACUGCCCGCGCUGCCCGCGCCCAUCCCCACCUUGCUCUCGAACUCGCCGCCCUCACUCAGCCCCACGUCCUCGCAAACAGCCACCAGCCAAAGCAGCCCCGCCACUCCCAGCGAAACGCUCACCAGCCCGGCCUCCGCCUUGCACUCGGUGGCGGUGCACUGA